AUGGGUAUUUCUCAAAAACGUCAAAAAACUGGAAAUUUAUAUUCAAAUUAUUCAAUUGAUAGUAAAAAUGAAAAAUUAGAUGUCAUUAAUGAUAUCUCAUCAAUAAAUUCAAAAAAUUUUUUUGAAAAUUAUAUUAAUAUUAGAAAACCUGUUAAAUUUGAUAUACCUGAUUCUCAACAAAUCAUUUCAAUUGAUAAAUUCAAAUUAGAUCAUUUAUUAGAUACUUUGAAAUUUAAAGAUGAAGUACAAGUUGAAAAGAAAUUCAAUUCUGGUUUUGGAUCAGGUCAAGAAAGAAUUAAAAUGAAAUUAGAAGAUUUGAUUAAAGAGAUUAAAAAUGGUAGUGAUGAAUAUUAUAAAACCACACAAUAUGAUUUUGAUGAACCCGACCAAGAAGGUGAUGACGACGACGACGACGAUGAUGAUGAUGAUGAUGAUGAUGAUGAUGAUGAUGAUGAUGAUGAUGACAUUGAAGGAGUUCAAUUUGAUAAAUUUUCAGAUACUUCAUCAAUCGAUAUGAAUAAUUUCCAUGAUGAUUUUGAAGAUUUGCAAGAAGACGAAGAUGAUGAAGAUGAUGAAGAAGAAGGAGGAGAUCGUGCUAAUAUUGAAGGUGAAUUGAUAAAACAAUUAGAAUUAGAAGAAGCUGAUUAUAGAAUUAAAGAUCUUUUUCAAGCACCAUUAACCAAUCUUAUUAAUCAUCCAGAUAUUCUUCCUAUAAAACCAUCAUUUUUCAAUCUUAUCCCUCAACAAAUCAAUAUUUGGUUAGGUUCAAGCGGAUCUAAAAAAACUUGCUCGAAAUUUACCAUUGAUUCAUCUAAACCUGAUUUAGGAUUAGGUAAAAAAUUACCUGGUAAAAUUCAUGGAUCAUCAUCUGGAUUACAUCAUGAUCAUGCCGAUAAUUUAUAUGUUUUAAUUCAAGGGAAGAAACGUUUUACAAUUUAUAGUCCAAAAGAUGCAUUUAAAUUAUAUACUGUUGGGAAAAUUUAUCAAAUUUAUAAUAGUGGAAUAAUUGAUUAUGAAGUUGAUGAAAAUUCACCCUUUUGGAAACAUGUUCGAGAUGAUGGUGCUAUAAUUGAAGAAAUUAUUCAUUGGAAAUUAGAAAAUUUAAAAGAUGAUGAAAAUGAGGAAAAAUCUAAACUUAUUGCUGAAUUACAAUCUUAUAUUAAACAAAGAAAACAAGUUAAAAAAUCAACUACUAAGAAAAAAUUAGAUCCUCCCAGUUUUUCAAAAAUUCCUCCUGCUUUACUUCAUUUAAAUGAAAUCACAAAUAAUGAAGAUUUAUUAAAAUUGAAAAAAUUUGCUGAUGAAAAAUUCCCUGGAUUUUUGGAACUUAAUAAAAUUGAAAUUUGGUUGGAUAAACCAGGUCAAAUGUUAUAUCUUCCAGCAGGUUGGUUCCAUGAAGUUUCAAGUUUUGGAAAUGAAAAAUAUGAUGAUCAAGGAGUCCAUAUAGCUAUUAAUUAUUGGUUUAUUCCUCCAAAUAAAAAUCAAGUUGAUAAUUGCUAUCAAGAUGAUUAUUGGACGGAAGAUUGGAAGAAAACGGAACUGGCCAUAAAGUUGAUCAAAGAAGAAUAG